CCUGCUCUUGGAGGUCUUCCAUUAGCAAGGCCUUUCUUCACACAACAAGAGAAUGCAUCCAAGCUACACUCACUAACGCUCAAUCACUCAUUCACACGGUUAGUUGAUCAAUCAUGGCGUGUACGCUCAACCGACAUGCAUUUUGACCCACAUCCACUAUUUGUGGCAUGUGUUAGUCCCGUUUGGCCCGGCUGAUGGCUGAGCCCUCGGACAGGAAUCCAAGUCCUCCUCUACGACUGUGUGCCCAAGCUCACCACCGCCUACUGAGAGUCCACCCAGCCUGAUGCCCCAACAGUACAGCUCCACCCAAGACCCACCGAGCGACCCAUCAAUUAGUUGACAGACGGAGUGACCCGAGGCCAGCCUCAUCCAGUUUGAAGAAAUGCGUUGGAUGAAUGCUCGAGCCCGUGGAGGAGCGGCUUAUCUGCCCACCCCUGUGGAGCAAAUCGCCAAUAUCGCCACUCAUGGCGUGGUGAUUCUACCGGUUUGGUUUUGUGUCAUCGAUCUGGUGACCACGGCACCGGCCCACGCUCAGCCCUACGUGGUGAUUUACGGCUUGGCUUUGCUGGGUUUGUUCUCGGUUUCCACGUUGUUCCACGUGUUAUCCCUCUUGCGAAGAGACAGUGAUCUGUGCCGUGGUUUUCAUCGAGGGGAUCGAGCCAUGAUUUUCUUGUUCAUCGCCGGGUCUUACGCUCCGUGGCUCAGCCUCGAACGCGUCCAGCUUUUACACAUUCACCAUGAUCUGCAGUGGGGCCUCAUAGUGUGGACACUCGUCGGCAUCGUGUUUCAACAGCUUUGCCAUGAUCGAUACAAAAUGGUUGAAACUCUGUCUUACGUGAUAGUGGCUACCACGCCCGCUUUCUUCCUGUUCGAUUCGAUCUCUUGGCAAUCUCUAGUCCAUCUAUCACUCGGUGGCCUUUCUUACUUAGUGGGCGUGAUAUUUUUUAAAAUGGAUGGCAUCCUUCCUUUUGCUCACGCUUUGUGGCAUCUCUUCGUUGUCUUCGGAGCUGGGAUUCAUAUGAAUGGGGUCCGUGAGGAGCUGAAUCUGGAAAAGCUGGCCCGUGACCUUGGCGGUAAAAGCUGAUUUUAUUUGCUGAAUGAUUUACUUUACGUGUCUCCUUACAAGGAAGCGAUUAGUGAUUAAUAAAGUGCCGUGUUAUUGCA